AUGCAACAUCUUUCCGUUAUUCUCUGUUGCUGUCUCGUGGCGUUGACUGCAGCUGACAAGCUUGGCUAUAAUUACCAGCCCGUCGCUCAUUCCAGCUCUGGACUGUCAUUUGCGCCUGGCAGCGCUGCCAGCAAUGUGUCGCCCUCAUAUGCAGCAGGACUUGGCCCAGCUGCUGAUUCUGGUGACGCAGGCUCAGCCCAGCCGUCACUUGUGGAGCCAAGCGGGCCCAUUGCUGAGCCAUCUGCGGAUGCUCCAGAUUAUUCUGCGGCGCAGCCUGAGCUGCAGAAAGAGUUUAUCACUUAUACGGCGAAUGAGGAGGACUUCGAUGAGCCAGCUGCAUCUGAAAAGGUAUCCAACUCGUUGAGCAAGGCUCUGCGUAUUGUCUUUGUCAAGGGGCCCGAAAAUAAUGGCCUGGAGAGAGCCGCUGUGGCUCUGGCCAAGCAGGCCGCCCAGCAGGAGACCGCCAUAUAUGUCCUGAGCAAUCAGGCCGAUAUCAAUGAUUUGGCCAACAAGCUCAAUGCCAUUCGCAGUAAUGCCAACAACAAACCCGAGGUGCACUACGUCAAGUACCGCACUCCUGAGGAUGCGUCAAGUGCUCAAAAAGCCAUAAGGGACCAAUACGAUCAGCUAGGUGGAUCAUCCUCCCAUCAGGACGGCGGUGCUGCACCCGUACUCAAUUUCGCCUCCAGUGCGCCACGUCCAGCUGCUGCAUCAGCACCAGCACCACAAAUAGUUGAUGAGGCAGCCACUGAGCCCAUUUCCUCAUACAUUCCACCUGUAACUCCAGGCAGCACGUAUUUGCCUACAAACCUUUUGCGCCGCUUGCGAGUCUAAUUCAUAGCCUUUGACGAGUUUCUGUUGGUGUAACUGAAUACCUUUGUUAUUGUUGACUUAUUGUUUUGAAAAUAAAAUGUUGAUUUAAAAAUUAUUGAAAAUGUGAUUUAAGUGGCGGAUGUUUGCUUUUUUACCCUGCAACGGAGCUGGCUAAAGUGGGGUAUAUCAUUUAUAGUCGACGCUACUAGCCAAUGUAUUGUAAACCCUUUCAAUAUGCUGGGAUUCCCAUUAAUUCAUGAGUAUUUUAGCAUGUAGUUAAAAAAAAGUCUGAGUUAUGUGUUUUAAUUAAAAUCUAUUAAUAUUAUGUAAA